AUGACCCAGGGUGAUACCUCAAACCCUGUUCUAUCAGCGGCGACGCCAGCGCACGUGGAGCAACUUCUUACCCAACAGGCUGAUCAGUACAACGCACGCCUCUUGACACAGUUUUUGACGUUGACGGCACGGCAGCGGUGCACAGAGCCGUCAGCUGCGCAGCAAGCACAGCAGGCACUGCAAACGCAGCAGGCACUGCAAACGCAGCAGGCACUGCAAACGCAGCAGGCACUGCAAACGCAGCAGGCACUGCAAACGCAGCGCACAACCAUUGCACGCAAUGAGCCGGCGAUGCAGCAAUCCAUGCCUGUGCCACGUUUGGGCUUGACACACGCAGGGCCAUGCCAUGCUGGCCAACAAUCGCACACUCUCAAAAAGACAGCCAUGGCUCCGGUUGCCCUGACUAGGGGCGUUGCCACGAGUACUGUGAUAUCAGCUGCAACACCAGUGGUAUCGGAUUCAGCGACAAUAGCCUCAGCGCCACCUACCAAGCGAGCUCAUACCUGCCCAACCAGCACCUCUGCAUCGGACAGCGCGACAGCAGGCAGUAGCAAGAAAGCAUCAGGCGGUGCUGGUAUUGAGGCUGCCCAGAAAGUAGCACAGCGUCUUGCCCAGCAGGCCGACCACUACACUACAAACCUCUUGGCACUAUAUUUGGCCUUGACGCCUCAGCAAAACACCCGGCAGCAGACAAUGCAUGCAAUCCAGGUCUUGCAGACAAUGCAGACCCUGCAGGCCAUGCAGGCCCUGCAGAAUUUGCAGACCUUGCAGGCAAAUCAGACACCCCAGCCAAAUCAGACACCCCAGGCAAACCGAGCAAGGCAGACCAUGCAGGCAACCCAGGCGCCGCGGAUGACAUUGCAACCUAUGCGGCACCACGCAGGCGGGAACCUUGGCUUCUCACGCGGCUUGCCCAUGCGUACUCACUUUCUCUGUUUUUAUCGCAUCCUGGGUUGCAGCGUACCAAACGGAGGUACCAUAUUUGCUCGGUUUGUUGUGGGCCUGCCAUCGGCCACCAACGGAAGUGGUGCCCCGUCAAGCAGCAGCCAAGGGGGAAAGCAGCUGUUGCAAACGCCAAAGCUGUCGCAUUUCCCACUGAUGCUACCAAAACAGCCGGUGCAGCCGCCGGUGUCGACACUGCAGAUACUCCUGAUACUAAUACUGCUGAUACUGCUGCCAAAGCCGCCGCCACUGCCUCAUCUUCCUCAUCUGCCCCAGCCGACGCAGCCGCCAUUCCUCAACCCGCUUGAAACGAGCUGA